AGGGAAAGGAGUGUUGUUGGCGUAGGAUGGGAAGAUAUGGAGGAUCUUCUCAAUUGCUGAAUAGAUGAUGGGAGCACGCCCGUCUACUGCUAUUCAUCUAUCCGCAGUGGAAAAGAGGGAAUCGUGUGGAACAAUAUCUGGCCGUGCCUCGCAAUUGCUGGUCAAUGGAAUGCGCUGGAAUGGAAGCCUCGGGGUGGCGAAAGGCGGUUCGGUCAGGGCAACCAGAGUGGACGGAGCAAGGCAGCAAGUAUGCCAGUAGCCGUGCUCGAUCAAAUUGAGGCGGGCGCAAUGCGGCAAGGACACAAACGGAUAGAACAGGCGAAAGAGGAUGAAGAAGGGCAAGAAAUGGGGGAGGCAAGACCAUGUAAGUACCACGGCAGCUCCAUGAGCAUCCCGCAUCACUUGAUGGCUGGCUGGGCAUCGGCAGGGCUGGGAGCCCAAGGCCCCAGGAACGGAAGACGGGUGUCGGAGCAAGAUUGCGACAGCAGGUCACACAGCGGCGCACAACGCGUCUGUCGCUCCAGGCAAGACCGCCCUGCGUGGGCGGGCACGAAUCUGGGGUUGAGGUGUAAGUGGAGUGGCGUGGCGUGUCUGGCAGGGAUGUUGGGACACCGUGAGGAGUCACCCACACCCAGUCAGACACACACCCCGGCACCCACACCCCUUUCCGUCUCUCUGCAACCAAUCAGGUCAGACGCUCGCCCCCCAGCCAAUGGUCACCCGUCAAGGACCUCGUCUCCGUUAGGCAAAAAUAGGUCAGGUUUGAGGAGGUACUUCUGCCCAAAGCGAGGUACCUCAUCGCAGCGACCCCCGCGGAAAAAAGAUGGGAAUCAGCACUGCCAACUCAAAUCAGCCGUGUUUCUCAAAGAUUCGCUUCAGAAAGUCCUUCUGAACGCCUUGUCGCCGGUCAGACCAUAGGUAGGUCUUGCAUUUGUAAGUAUCAGCGGUAGGCGGGUCGAAACGCCAUGUGUCGACAGUUUUCUAGCGUUUCCGGCACCAAACCAGAGCCGCAGCGUGUCUGACCUGGCAUCUGCAAGAUGCGGAGG